AUGUCGCUAGUUGGGCUGGUACUAGUACCAUGGGCUUCGCCGUCGGCGGAGCGCCGCCUGACUAGUUGCGCCGCUCCGGCAAUCGCCGGCGGCGGAGGCCGUGGCGGCGUCGGGAGGAAGCACGUCGAGCGCCUCCUCUCGUCCCUCCAUUCCAUCCCGGGCGACGAGGACUCGCCGGCGGCGGUGGACCGCCUGGUGCGCAAGUUCCUACUCUCGUGCUCCAAGCCCGCCGCCGUCGGCGCCCUCUCCUUUCUCCUAUCCGAUGUUUCCUCCUCUUUCUCACAGCGCGUUGCGCUGUCCAUGUACAGGAGAAUCACCGGGGCCUCGUGGUUUAGAUGGAACGCCAAGAUCGCCGCGAGCGUUGUUCCACUGCUGGAUGCGAUGGGCCUCUACGCCGAGGCAGAAGGCCUGAUGUGCGAGGCUGAUUCGAGACUGAAAGUCCGGGAACUUGUCGUCUUUUACUGUGAUCUGAUCGAGGCGUACGCCAAGCGUGGAAUGAGGGAGAAGGUGUUCGAGGUCCGCGCGCGUCUUCUCGUACGCGGGAUACCCGCGGGGAAGGGGGCGUAUGAAUCUACGGUAAAGGCACUGUGCCUUCUAGGUUUUCCGGGCGAAGCGGAGGUGAUUCUGAGAGAUAUGGAGGCUUCAGGAUUGCGGGCGUCGCCUUUCGACUACAGAUUGAUCGUGCAGUCCUAUGGAAGGUUGGGGAUGCUAUCUGAGAUGAGAAGGGUUGUGGGGUUUAUGCUUGACUCUGGACUCUCAGUCGAUACAAUUUGUGCAAAUAUGAUUCUUUCGUGCUACGGAGAUGGCGGGCAGCUGACGGAGAUGGUCACGUGGCUCAGGCAGAUGAGAGAUUCUAACGUCCCGUUUUCUAUCCGCACCUGCAAUUCAGUCCUGAAUUCAUGUCCGGGACUCUCCUCGAUGCUUCGAGACCAUCAAACGCGUCCUCUCACCCUCAAGAAACUGAUGGAGAUGCUCGAGGAGGAAGGCUGCGGCAAUGAAGAAACAUCACUGGUUCAGGAAUUGGUGAGUUCAAAUGUGCUGUUGCAGACAUUGGAUUGGUCUCCUUCAGAAGGGAAGCUCGAUCUUCAUGGCUAUCACUUGUGUUCGGCUUUCCUGGCCGUUUUGCUGUGGAUUGAGGAGCUGAAGGCUAGACUUCUUGACAGAGGAGCGGAAGGGAAAGUCAUCCCUCGGCAAAUUUCUAUUAUCUGUGGAUCGGGAAAGCAUAGUAAUACCAUGGGGGAGUCUCCAGUAAAGAGAUUGGUAUCCGUGUCAUUGUUCCACCUGGGGAGUCCUCUGAGAAUAGACAGGAAGAAUGUGGGCAGACUGAUUGCGGGAGGAACAGCAGUGAGAGACUGGUUACUAAAGAUGGAAGGAUCUUAA